UGUGAUGGUUAUGAUUAAACGGAAAAGUUAUCAGUCGUCGUUGAAGUUUUUUGUGAGUUCAUUUCUUGGUCUGUGUUGUACGAAUCAUAUCACCAAAAUGGCAAUUCAUAAAGCUGCAAUUGAUCCUGAAUACACUGUGAAAGGCUUCACCAAAAUGGCUAAAGCUGGAAUUUAUACUCCUAGGAAAUGCAUUCUGGAUUUCCAUAAGAACAGAAACCCUAACUUCUUUUCUCAUUAUCUUCAUCCUUUCCUCAAUCCUCACUCACCAGUCGCCGCAGCAUUCUUUGCUACAAGAUUUCCUAAAGAUUCCGCCAAGUAGGUAUGUGAUGUCAUCAGAGAAUUAUAGAAUAUGCAGAAAAUAGGUAAUACUCUUAUUUAGAUCAAAAACUAUAAUAGGUUCUUGCGCUACACUAUUGGACCUCGGCCUUCCUUGGAUUGCAUGCACAUCAGGUAAGGCCAUACGAGUAUAAUAAACUCCAAGAAAACAAGAUUUUUCUUUAUUAUAUAUAAAAUUAUGAAUUUGUUUGUUCCUAUUAUAACAUCCUACUUUAUAGCUAGACAUGUCGAAUUCAAAUUCUCAAUCAAAAAAGAGAAAAAUGGUCCCAGAUGUAGAAUCGGAGGAGAAGAUUGUGUACACAUACAACAUCGACAUGGCCCCACAAGAUACUCAAUCAUCCGGUUCCAGUCAAUUCAUGAGGAACAUGGAUGAUUCCAUUUCAGCUGUUGAAUCCAUAUUGAAAUACACCUUCAAGAACAAAAAACUGUUAGAAGAAGCCUUAACACAUUCUUCAUACACUGAGUCUCAAUCCUACCAACGUCUGGAAAUCCUUGGGGAUUCUGUUCUUGGAGUCCUCAUCACUAAAUUUGUCUACUUGGCUUACCCUGAACUUGACCCCGGUCAAAUCUCUCUCCUCCGAGCCGCCAAUAUCAGUACCGAAAAACUCGCACGCGUGGCGGUCCGCAACGGCCUUUACAAAUAUGUCCGCCACAAAACCAGCUCUCUUAAUGACAAGGUUAGGGAAUUUGUGAUAGCGGUUGAAGAAGAAGGAGAAGAAGAGAUGGUGGUGCAUGGUGGACAGAUGAAAGCUCCAAAGGUGCUUGCGGAUAUCGUUGAAUCGAUUACUGGAGCUGUAUUUCAAGAUUGUGAUUUCAAUUUUCAAAUCUUAUGGGAGGUAAUUAGAGAGUUACUUGAACCGAUGGUUAUGUUAAAUGUUCUUGAGAAACGGCCACAGCCUGUUACCAUGCUAUACGAGGCAUGUCAAAAAGAAGGGAAAGGUGUUGAGAUAAAGAACUCGAGGCAAGGUGAAAUAAACAUUGCAAGUGUAUAUGUAGAUGGAAAGUUUAUUGCCUCUGGCUCUUCAGAGAAUAAAGAGAAUGCUAAGCUUCAUGCAGCUGAAGUUGCUCUAUCUAAGUUAAUGAGGCUAAAAAGAACUACUGAUGCAAUAAGUUUGCAAAUGAAAGGUAAUUCUGGUGAAGUCACUGAGAUUAAAGGUGCUAAACGAAAAAUACAUGAACUUUGUAUCAGGAGAAGGUGGCCAAAAGCGACUUACAGAAUUGAGCACGAAUUGGGUCCUGCACACGAUAGAAGAUAUAUAGCAUCGGUGCAAAUUGAACUUUCUGAUAAAAUAUUUUUCAUGAAGGGAGAAGAGAGGUCAAAAGUCAAGAAGGCUGAAAAUUCUGCAGCCUCAGUUAUGUUUUUUUCUUUGCUAGAAUUGGGAUAUUAAUGAAUGUCUGAAAACAAAAAAAAACUCGCAUAUAUGGAUGUCUAAAAAGAUAUAUGAAUGUCUAAAAAGUAAAAACAAACAAUUCACAUAUGCAUCUAACAUUUUCCUCGUUUGAUCGUUACAA